GCGGAGCGCCUUCGCCAGGCCCCGGGGUGAAGCGGCCGCGCCGCGAAGCCCGCUCCCCCCGCGAGUGCGCUCGGUGUCCUACGCGGGAGGAUCGCUGCCUUCUCUCUGCUGAGGACCGUGUCUGUGCCGCUCACCCAUCCCGCCCUCUUCGGCCCGCUGCGACUGACAGGUCCCGAGGUCUCCAAAACUACGAGAUCGAAGAGGAGGGAGAGUCUGCGUUCUCUACAUGUGCCUUUGGAGAAUGCAGGAAUCAGAGAUUUGGCCCCUGGGGCUGAUUUUAAGUGUCCCUCCGAGGGUCCCGGGGUGCAGCUUUGUGGAGACUCCGGAGGAAGACUCUGGUCUUGGGAUUGGGGUCCCACAGCGUGGUGACACAGAGAAAGAGAGUGAACACAAGAGAGGGAGCAGGAGAGGGAGAAGCAGGCUCCCCGCUGAGCAGGGAGCCCAAUGCUGGCCUCUAUCCCAGGAAUCCAGGAUGAUGAUCCAAGCAGAAGGCAGAUGCUUAACCCACUGAGCCACCCAGAGCAAAGAUUUCAAAAAGCUGAAAGUACUGAUGUUCAUUCAACCCAAAGAAGCCAAGAAAAAUCUCAGAGAGGUGCUCCAGUAUUAUCUCAAGGAUUACAGCCUGAACAAGAACCACAGCUGUGGAAUGAGAUAAGGGAUGCGUGUUCCGCUUUCCUGUCCCUUGACUCUCAGCCUCAGGCACCCAAUGCAUUGGAGGAGCUUUGCAUCACGAUUAUGGGGACUCUACCAAAGCCCCAGGAAACUGAUGAAAAAGAUAAUACCAAAAGGUUUUUAUUUCAUUAUUCGAAGACACGGAAGUUGGGCAAUUCAAAUGUUGUGUCGUCUGUCCUGCAUCCGUUACUGCAGCUUGUCCCUCAACUGCAUGAGAGAAGAAUGAAGAGAUUCAGACUGGACGAAGAAUUCCAAGGUCCUAUCGCAAGCCAAGUUCGAAGACAGUUUUUGUUCAGGCCACGCAACGGAAGGAGGUCAGAAGGUUACAUUUAAAAUGGAUACCAACUAUUUUCUGCAGAAGCGGCACCAGGGAAUGCAAAAUGUUGACAUUCUGUUUUCUUCUCAGAAACGAUCCUUGCUAAACUUACCAUGUUUGACAAUCCAUGUGUUGUAAACAUUCCCAAUAAAAGCCGG